AUGUCGCUCAACAGGGCAACAUUUCCACCCCAUCAACAACCUGCGGGUGUUCUAUCCAUCCGGCCUUCGUCAGAAGAUCAUGAGAUUGUUUCAAUGGAAAUCGGUGAUCAGUUUUCUGACAGUGAACAUUUUAAGGAUGCACUUAGGAAUUUCGCUAUCAAACGCAAUUUUAACUUUACAUUCAUCAAGAAUGACAAGCAAAGAGUGAUUGUCAAGUGUGCUGUUGAAGGUUGUGAAUGGCGUGUCAACGUGUCCAUGGAAGGUAACCACCAGACGUUUAGGAUCAAGACAAUGGCUAUUGACAUUCAACAUGAUAUGUUGCGAGACCACGGUGUCUAUUUAUCCUAUAAACAAGCUUGGCUGAGGAAAGAGGUCGCCAAGGAGGUUCUCCAUGGGAGUGAGGUGGCGAGCUAUGAUUUAUUGAUGUGGUACGCGAAGAAGGUGUUAGUGACAAACCCUGGUAGCGUUGCUAUCGUAGAGAAUGACGGUCCCCGUUCCAAGAGCGCGUUUUUUGCAUUCAAAGCAUGUGUCAUUGGUUUCAAGACAGGAUGUAGGCCAUUGCUGUACCUAGAUGGAACUUACUUGCUCGGUAAAUAUGGGGGCACUUUGUUAGGUGCAACGGGAAAAGAUGGGAACGAUGGUUUCUUUCAUGUGGCAUUUGCAAUCGUAGAUAAUGAAACAGAUGUGAACUGGACUUGGUUCUUGUCAAAGCUUGGAGAUACUAUAUACGAUGAUGACGAAUAUGUGAAACUUAUUACAUUUAUAUCUAAUAGGUCCAAGGGCCUUAUCAAUGCUGUCUUGAAGGUAUUCCCUUCCUCACCGCAUGCAUAUUGUUUGCGCCACUUGGAAGCAAACUUCAUGAAAGCAAAUGUCAGUCUUGGCAAGUCACUGAAAGAAAGGUGCUGGUCUAUAUUAUUGAGAAUUGCGUUUUCAUAUGCUGAAAAAGAAUUCGAUGACGUUGUUGCCGAUCUGUUAAACACAUCGGCGGAUGCACAUCAAUGGUUGAUGCAGAAAUCUGAUCUGGCACACUGGGCGAACUACAUGUUCAAAGGUGAGAGAUGGGGGAAGAUGUACUCAAACGUGACAGAGUCGUUUAAUGCAUGCAUAAAAGAGGCACGCCAUCUCCCUGUCACAAACAUGGUAGACUCGAUAAGAUGGGAGAGACGUCUAUGUCUUGUCAUACAUCGAAAGAUUGAGGAACUUAUUGAAGAGUCUCGCAACCUACUGGUCGGCCGUUCCGACAAUGACCAUUUUGAAGUGGUUGACCAGAAGAACAACUGCAUCAACAGAAAUAUUCAUCGAUAUGUCAAUGACUACUUCACAGUGGACUCUUACCGACAAGCAUAUGCAGAACCUAUAUUCCCAGUACCAGAUAAUGACAAACCAGAUGAUAUCAACCGCAAACUACUUGUGCGCCGACCAAUCACCAAGAAGCCAGUUGGUCGGCCAAGACGGAAGCGUCUAGAGUCACAAGCAUCAAUUGUUCACGAAUUACGAUGCAGCCAUUGCCAUGAUGCUGGUCAUAAUCGUAGAUCCUGUGAUGCAUCGAUAGCUGACUGA